AUGGAGACUGAGCGUUGUUUGUCUUUCUCCGCGCCUUCAAACAGGAUCACGCCAGAGAACUCCCCGGGGUUGGAGCAUAAUUCCGGCUCUUUCUUUCAGUGUGACGACCUCCAAAAGUCCCCACAUCUUCCAUUACCGCAUCGACACGAGUUUUACAACGCGCAGUCUAUGGGACGCUAUGCUGACAGUGGACCUGCGGACUUUACGCACGGCGUUAGCACCACAACUCCCCGAGCCUCGCCUGUAAAGCAUUCAAAGUAUCUGGAUAAUAUGAGUCAGGACAAAAAGACUUCAUCGAUAAGUGAUAAGAACUCGUCAUUUUAUGACAAUAAUUCCGAUGGUGAUAAGUCCCUAUCCAAGCCCCUUGGCUAUCCCGCUCUAGAUUCGGAAUGCUGUGGAAAACUAAAGGAACCCUUGAGUGGUUUGCCUGGAGACUCUAUCGCUGACUCCAUCGACCUUUCAGGGAAGAACAAGAAGCGGCGAAACCGUACGACUUUCAGCACCUUUCAGCUGGAGGAGCUGGAGAAGGUCUUUCAGAAGACACAUUACCCAGAUGUGUAUGCACGGGAACAGCUGGCACUGAGGACAGAGCUUACAGAAGCAAGAGUGCAGGUAUGGUUUCAAAAUAGACGGGCCAAAUGGAGGAAAAGAGAACGCUAUGGAAAGAUGCAAGAGGUGCGAAAUCACUUUGCUGCUACAUACGAUAUAUCCCUUCUCCCUCGCUCGGACACAUACCAGAUGCAGAAUAACCUGUGGCCGGGCAGCGCAGGUACAGGAAGUGCAGGCGGAACAAGCAGCGGCUGUGUCCUGGGUGCAGAAAACAUGCCGUCUUCUUGCAUGACCCCUUAUCCCCAUGGCAACCUUCCUGGUCUCAUGGGUAUGUCUGCAUCCCCAGGUCAUCAUCAUCAUCAUCAUCAUCACCCACCCCAUCAUCCCAGCAUCAAUGGAAUAUACUCACUCCAUGGCUUCCCAGGAAGCCUAGGAGCCCAUUCCUUCGAACCAGGACCAGAGUCUGAAUACAAGCCCUCAGGGCUGGUGGCCUUACGCAUGAAGACCAAAGACCCAGGGAGCCUGUUAUCCUGGCCAACAUGACCAUGCAGCUGCUGUGAUAGCGAUGACAUCACUGAGCCAACAAACACUAAGCAUGCCUGCACAUUCCGGCACAACACUCCCUUUUUUACAGGCUCCCAGAUGUUUUUAGUGUACGGAUGUGCCAUGUGCCAUGACUCUUUGUUUUAUUCUGUGGAAGCAACUUAUUUGUUUGUGUACAUUUGUGAAAACCCGUGAGCAACCAUCGGCUUUGCACAUGAUUAGCCUUCCUGUAAAA